AUAUUGAUAUUCCAGGCUGAGCCAUUUACCAUUAAACUGGCUAAUGGAGAAUAUGUCGGGUUCUGUAUUGAUAUACUCAAUGAACUGGCUUAUAGAUUGAAAUUCAGAUACACAAUACGAGAGCCAGGGGAUGGACAGUGGGGAGCCCCGAGUCCUGAUGGUACCUGGAAUGGUUUGGUAAGACAGACUAAAGAUGGGAAUUUUGACAUGUCAAUUGGUCCGAUAUCACUAACUUCCGAGCGGGAAGAAGUCAUCGACUUUACUACACCAAUAAUGGAGGACGGGGCUGGGAUCAUUCUCAGAAAGUUUGAAGAUAUUUAUGGGAAAAUCUUCCGAUCCUUCAAACCAUUUACUACAAACGUAUGGAUAACGAUCGGAUGUGUCCUGCUUGGCGUGGGACUAGUGUUAGGACUAGUGGACAAAUUCAGUCCAUUUCGUGGUAAGACUGGAGAAAUUUCAGUCAACGGAGAGAAGAAAACGAGUAUUUGUGAUGAUAUCUGGAUAGUUUAUGGAUCUUAUAUGGAACAAGGUGCUGAGUUUACCCCUGCCAAUGCCUCUGGAAGAUUUAUUCUUGGUUUCUGGUGGAUUUUUACUAUAUUAAUCAUCUCCUCCUACACAGCCAGUCUAGCUGCCUUCCUGACAGUAGCUUUCUAUGAUAAACCUAUAAAAACUGUAGACGAUCUGGCGGCACAGACUGAGAUUAAACCUCUCGUCAAACAGGGGUCGAAUUUAUACUCUCUUUUACAGAAAGGUGAAACAGAGCGAUACCGGAAGUUAUACCAACUGAUGCUUCAAGCACCGGAAGUAUACACUCAUGACCAAGCUAUUCAGUUGGUGACAACCGGAAGUUACGCCUAUUUAUCGGACGAUUCCCAGCUUGAAUUCUUGAGAAAGAGUGACUGUGAGCACCUUAUAUUGGGAGAAGAACCGUUCAAUGUUGGUGGAAUGGGGUUUAUUGUUGGUCAAGAUUCACCGCUGUUAGACCAGCUCUCCUAUAAUAUUAUAAAACUGCAAGAAGCUGGUUUGAUACGAAAAUGGCGACAGAAAUGGUGGACAUCAACAAACACGUGUACAGAGAGCACAGUCACAAAUGUUGUCCAAAGUCUUGAAUUAGACAGUACUAGUGGACCAUUUAUAGCUUUUGCCGGGACUACAAUAAUUUCGUUUUUAUGUUUAGUAUUAGAACAUUUGUACUUCCGUUGUAAGUGUGUUAAACGUGCUACUCUCCCGCGUAAUAAUACAGUCUCCUUCAACACCGCAACUGACUGA